UAUACUAGUAACUAUUGCAGAAGAACCCGUUUUUAAUUAAUCAUGUACUCUGCUGUUACUGCAAUUAAUUUGUUUGCAUAAGAAAUGUAUGGCAAACAGGUAGGAUCACAGGAAGCUGUUGAUCUGCGCCAUGGACAGUCUGUUGCCACAGAACACAGUUUUUCAUUAGCCUAAAAUAGAAGCAAUCCAUGAUCCAUUUUAACAUAAAACAGGAAUAACUUGUUCUGAACACUCAUUCUGAAAACUCUAACUACAAUCUGUUCCUCUCUAUAGAUCAAGGAAUAUGAACAAUCCAGGACAUUUGUUGUUGUGAAUUCAGUUAAUAUGUAGUGAUUCUAGAUGAGUAACCUGGAUAACUUCCAUUGUUGCACCUGCCAGAAGACGAAUUACAUUGUGAUGAGUUUCUUGACUGCUGCUUAUCCUUUGGGACCCGACCUGUUAAAGGAGUCAGCAUGGAGACGACCAAAGAAUGUUCUCAAGGUUGGAAACUUGGGUUACACGUAUGCUCAAUCUAGUGGGACACCGUUUGGACGUAAGAAAGGACUGGCGACCAGGCUGGCCGAUUCUUCAAUCAAGAAAUUGAUUCCACAUGACACUACAAUGAAAGAAUUAUUUACAACUGAACGUCCAUACACCCCUGAGCUCGAUCUGUCCGUAUCCACAAUCAGAGCAAUGAUUGCCAGUAGACAUCCGACGCGCCAACAGGUUGUUCAAUGGGAUUUCGAUACUCGAUGUUGGUUUGAAAGCGAUUUGCUCACACCAAGCCAACGAGCUCAGUGUAUUGAUCGAGGAAUAAUACCUGGUCUUCGUCUUGCAAACGGUCCAAAUCAAUAUGAAGGUCGGGUAGAAAUCUUGGUUGAUGGUCACUACCACGCAGUCUGUUCAGAUGGUUGGGAUAACGUUGAAGCCAACAUUGUGUGUGCCCAACUAGGAUAUUCUACUGGCCAAGCAACCUCAGGAAGCAGAUGGGGCUACAGCAAAAAGCCCUACGUUAUCAGCAAAGUAGGAUGUACAGGCAAUGAAAAAUACAUUCAAAAUUGUUUUCGAUACAACUUGGGAACAACCUACCAAGGUGGAUAUUGCCCCAGUUACCGAUAUGCUGGAGUCAAGUGCAAUCCAGGUGUUCGGCUUACUAGAAAUGGCCUAUCAACAACUAGUCCCAAUGGCUACCUACAAGUGUAUGACAGUUCAACUAAACAAUGGGGUCCUGUUUGUGGCGGAUCGGUCUGGGGUAACAGACAGCGCACGGAUGCCUGCCAACAAGCUGGGUUUGGCCCUGCAUAUUCUAUUUUACACACAGUCUUUGCAAGAAAGACUGCAAGUGGGCCUCAAACCAGUGCUCGUUGCCUCAGCAGCACAAACAAGCAAAUUGACUGCAACCAGGGUGUUCAAUGGGUAGCAUCUACCUGCACAAAGAGCACUGACAAUCCGUACAUCAGCUGUCAGAAACCAAUCCGUCUUGUUGGUCGCAAUCAAUAUGAAAGCAGGGUGGAGGUAUUGAACGGAGGUGUAUGGGGCACAGUGUGUGAUACGAAUUGGGAUGCCAAUGGUGCACAAGUUGUGUGCAAGCAGUUGGGGUACCACGACGGAGGUACAGCAUAUCGAAGUGCACUCUAUGGUCGAGGCCGUGGUCCAGUGUGGCUUGACAACGUAAACUGCUAUGGCAGUGAAAACGCGAUCACAGACUGUAAGCACAGUGGGUUCGGGCAAACAAGUUGUUCUCACGACAGAGACGCAUCGGUUCGUUGCAACCUACCACCUGUCAUCAAAGUUCCAUGUUGAAAGCUCCAGUUGCUGAGCGAAACAAUUAGCCAAUUGCUAACGAUUUAUACCCUGUUAAACAUUAGGUGUUCUCUAUACACUAAAAUUGGUGUAGUACUGUGAAACCAUCUUAACACU